ACCUGUCCCUGCUAGGGCCUGGUUAGAGCCACUGCGGUCCCAAGUCCUGGGAGCAGGAGAAGGUCGCCGACAUGCCUGAGGCUAAACCAGCGGCCAAAAAGGCCCCCAAAGGCAAGGAUGCCCCCAAGGAAGCCCCUGCAAAGCAGACUCCUGAAGAGCCCCCCAAAGAGGCCCCACCUGAGGACCAAUCCCCAACUGCGGAGGAGCCCACAGGCAUCUUCCUGAAAAAGCCGGACUCUGUGUCAGUGGAGACUGGGAAAGACGCGGUGAUUCUGGCCAAGGUGAACGGGAAGGAGCUCCCAGGCAAGCCAACCAUCAAGUGGUUCAAGGGGAAGUGGCAGGAGCUGGGCAGCAAGAGCGGAGCCCGGUUCAUCUUCAAGGAAUCCCAUGACUCUACCAGCAAUGUGUACACCGUGGAGCUCCACAUUGGGAAGGUGGUCCUAGGGGACCGCGGGGAUUACCGUCUAGAGAUCAAAGCCAAGGAUGUCUGCGACAGCUGCUCGUUCAACGUGGAUGUGGAGGGUGCGCUAGCGGGGGCGCUGGCGGGGGCGCAGGCGGGGCCGGGGGAACUGGCUGGAAUUUUAAUGGAGUUCCCACCCCCUCUUAAUGAUUACAGGGGUGAUGGGAAGUCAGAAGAUGCAGGCGAGCUGGAUUUCAGUGGCUUGUUGAAGAAGAGGGAAGUAGUUGAGGAGGAGAAGAAGAAGAAGAAAGAUGAGGAUGACCUGGGUAUACCUCCGGAGAUUUGGGAGCUCCUGAAGGGGGCCAAGAAGAGCGAGUACGAGAAGAUCGCCUUCCAGUACGGCAUCACUGACCUCCGUGGCAUGCUGAAGCGGCUCAAGAAGGCCAAGGUGGAGGUCAAGAAGAGUGCAGCCUUCACUAAGAAGUUGGACCCAGCCUACCAAGUAGACAGGGGCAACAAGAUCAAGUUGGUGGUGGAGAUCAGUGACCCAGACCUUCCUCUCAAGUGGUUCAAGAACGGCCAGGAGAUCAAACCAAGCAGCAAGUAUGUGUUUGAGAACGUUGGGAAGAAACGAAUUCUUACCAUCAACAAGUGCACGCUGGCGGAUGAUGCUGCAUACGAGGUGGCAGUCCAAGAUGAGAAGUGUUUCACUGAACUCUUUGUCAAAGAGCCCCCAGUCUUGAUUGUCACCCCACUGGAGGACCAGCAGGUAUUCGUGGGUGACCGAGUGGAGAUGUCGGUAGAGGUGUCGGAAGAGGGUGCGCAGGUUAUGUGGAUGAAAGAUGGUGUGGAGAUGACUCGGGAGGAUUCCUACAAGGCACGCUACCGCUUCAAGAAGGACGGGAAACGGCACAUCCUCAUCUACUCUGAUGUGGCCCAGGAGGAUGGGGGCCGCUACCAGGUCAUAACCAAUGGUGGCCAGUGUGAGGCUGAACUCAUUGUGGAAGAGAAGCAACUGGAGGUCCUGCAGGACAUUGCUGACCUGACGGUGAAGGCUGCAGAGCAGGCUGUGUUCAAGUGUGAAGUGUCUGACGAGAAGGUGACGGGCAAAUGGUACAAAAAUGGCGUGGAGGUACGACCCAGCAAGAGGAUCACCAUCUCCCAUGUGGGCAGAUUCCACAAGCUGGUGAUUGAUGACGUCCGCCCUGAGGAUGAGGGAGACUACACAUUCGUGCCCGAUGGCUAUGCCCUAUCCCUCUCAGCCAAGCUCAACUUUUUGGAAAUCAAAGUGGAGUACGUACCUAAGCAAGAGCCCCCAAAGAUCCACCUGGACUGCUCAGGGAAGACCUCAGAUAACUCAAUUGUUGUGGUGGCUGGAAACAAGCUGCGGCUGGAUGUGGCCAUCACAGGGGAACCACCUCCCACUGCUACCUGGCUAAGGGGAGAUGAGGUGUUCACAGCCACAGAAGGCAGGACACGCAUCGAGCAGAGGCCAGACUGCAGCAGCUUUGUGAUCGAGAGUGCGGAGCGGUCGGAUGAGGGCCGCUACACCAUCAAAGUCACCAAUCCUGCGGGCGAGGAUGUGGCCUCCAUUUUCCUGCGGGUUGUGGAUGUUCCUGAUCCUCCAGAGGCUGUCCGUGUCACCUCAGUUGGAGAAGACUGGGCCAUUCUGGUCUGGGAGCCACCCAAGUAUGAUGGAGGACAGCCAGUGACUGGGUACUUGAUGGAGCGGAAGAAGAAAGGCUCCCAGCGCUGGAUGAAGAUCAACUUUGAGGUCUUCACUGACACCACUUACGAGUCCACAAAGAUGAUCGAGGGCGUCCUUUAUGAGAUGCGGGUCUUUGCUGUCAAUGCCAUUGGGGUCUCACAGCCCAGCAUGAACACCAAGCCCUUCAUGCCCAUUGCUCCCACGAGUGCACCACAACACCUCACCGUGGAGGAUGUGACGGACACCACCACCACACUUAAGUGGAGACCUCCAGAUCGGAUUGGUGCUGGUGGCAUUGAUGGCUACCUGGUGGAGUACUGCCUGGAGGGCUCUGAGGAAUGGGUCCCAGCUAACAAGGAGCCAGUGGAACGCUGUGGCUUCACUGUCAAGGAUCUCCCAACUGGAGCCAGGAUCCUCUUCCGGGUUGUUGGGGUCAACAUCGCAGGGCGCAGUGAACCAGCCACCCUCCUUCAGCCAGUCACUAUCAGGGAGAUUGUUGAGCAACCUAAGAUCCGCCUCCCCCGCCAUCUUCGUCAGACUUAUAUCCGAAAAGUUGGGGAGGCCCUCAACCUCGUCAUCCCCUUCCAGGGCAAGCCCCGGCCUCAGGUGGUGUGGACCAAGGGUGGGGCUCCCUUGGAUACCUCCCGUGUGAAUGUGAGGACUAGUGACUUCGACACAGUGUUCUUCGUGCGACAGGCGGCCCGCUCUGACUCUGGAGAGUAUGAGCUGAGUGUGCAGAUUGAGAACAUGAAGGACACUGCUACCAUACGCAUCCGGGUCGUGGAAAAGGCAGGGCCAGCAGAGAAUGUGAUGGUGAAGGAGGUGUGGGGCACAAAUGCUCUGGUGGAGUGGCAGCCGCCCAAGGACGACGGGAACAGUGAGAUCACAGGCUACUUUGUCCAGAAGGCUGACAAAAAGACCAUGGAGUGGUUCAAUGUCUACGAACACAAUCGCCACACCAGCUGUACCGUGUCUGACCUCAUUGUGGGUAAUGAGUAUUACUUCCGUAUCUUCAGCGAGAACAUCUGCGGUCUCAGUGACUCGCCAGGUGUCUCCAAGAACACAGCUCGAAUUCUCAAGACAGGAAUCACCUUAAAACCACUGGAGUACAAGGAGCAUGAUUUCCGGACAGCUCCCAAGUUCCUGACCCCCCUGAUGGACCGGGUCGUGGUGGCGGGAUAUACCGCAGCUCUCAACUGUGCCGUCAGAGGCCACCCUAAGCCGAAGGUGGUGUGGAUGAAGAACAAGAUGGAAAUCCAUGAAGAUCCCAAAUUCCUCAUAACCAACUACCAGGGCAUCCUGACAUUGAACAUUCGCCGCCCGUCGCCCUUUGAUGCAGGGACCUAUUCCUGCCGCGCCUUCAAUGAGCUGGGGGAGGCCCUGGCUGAAUGCAAACUGGAUGUCCGAGUGCCACAGUGACAGCUCAUCACCUGCUAAAUAAGUCAUCAGAACCCGGACACCAGCGCUGCAACUCUUGGGAUGGCAGUCAUCUUUCCAGAAUGAUCACUGUGAUAAAGAACUGUUGCUCAAA